AUGGUGGCCAAGCAGCGGAUCCGGAUGGCCAACGAGAAGUACAGCAAGAACAUCACGCAGUGCAGGAACGUCACCAAGACCUCGAGAAACGCGCCCGAGGAGAAGGCGUCGGUGGGGCCGUGGCUCUUGGCUCUCUUCAUCUUCGUGGUCUGCGGGUCGGCUAUUUUUCAGAUUAUUCAGAGUAUCAGGAUGGGCAUGUGAAGAAGCUGAUCUUUAAACAAGACUUUUCUCCUGUGAACUAUGAACUCUCAUUCCUGAUGUUUGAUAACUUGGAAUUUAAAUUUGCUGUCGUCUUGCUUAUGAAGAACUUUCCAUAUUGACCAUAUGUCAUUCCAGGUUCCUUCACAAGUCAUUCCAGGUUUUCUAGUCCAUGCCACAGUGCCUUGAAAAAGCGUCACAUGUAUAAAGCAAUAAAGAGUUAUUGUUAACUUACAAUCGUGGACCUACUUAUUCUGUGAAUCAAACUCAUGCUUUAUGUUAAUAUGAAAGCAUAGGCAGUGUAGAUACUUAGUAACUGCAUCAUAUGUAAACACUGAUCUUUGUUAAUCUUCUGUAUAGAUGGAAGUGGUUUUAUUUAAAAUGGAAAAGUUAAGCUUAUCGAUAGUGAUUGUAUGACUAGUUCAAAGCGCACUCAUGCAGCUUGGUUAACGGAUGUGUGCUGUGUUAUUGCUUAUCUGAAAAGAACAUCUUAUGUAUGUGUAGCUUAGUUUUACUCUAGCAUGUGGCAUCUCAACUUUCAAAUGGUUACUAGUGGAAGACCUUAUCCUAUGCUUCUUGGGACAUUGGUUAUUGAAGCAGUUUAGUGUAAAAGCAAUGCUUUUAAUUGACCAUAGAUUACACAAAGGAGCAAACUUUUCUGAUGCAUUUGAGACUGACGUUUCACAAUGUUUAGCUGUUGUAUAUUGUAUUUCACUGUUGAUGUUUCUUACAUCGUCAUUCCUUGGUUGGGGUGGUUGGAACCUUCAGGAACAAUUUGAACAAAGGUGGGGUGUGAGUGCAAAAUAUCACAUGGUGACUUGUGCCAUAAUACUAUAAUUCAUAGUAGUCCAGACAGCAUUAACAUGCAUGCAGCCUGGUGUACCACAGUUCAGCUGAACAAGUUAGCAGGUUAAAAACAUACUGCUAUAUCCACAUUUUUAUAUUGCUGUGACUCAAGCUUAUUUCUUUAGCCUGUACAGCAUGUGAAUUUCAUAGAAGUCAGCAGAACAGUGUAAAAGACUAAAUGAGUUGCGUUUUCACAGGGUAGCAGACAUAAAAUUGAUAUGUCUUUGCCACACUAAGAACAUCUCCUUGUUGCAAAGCAUAACAAGGUAAAGAUGAAGUCAGGUACUCUCUCAGAGAAUGCCUUUUUAAGCAGCUAACCGGACCACGGAAAUACACAAUUCAAAGGGCUGAGUGAAAGGUUAAAAAGGCAAGCAAUUCUGUGAUCCUGCAGGGUUAUGUUUGUCAUAGGCAAGUGACUGGGAGGCUAUAUUUCUUACCCUUUGCUGUCAGCGCAUUCUGUAAA